CGUGCAAUCCCAUCGUUUCUUCCCCACAAUGGUACACUUCCCCUUCGCUGCCAUGAGAGAACUCGCUGUGGUACUGGCCAUGCUGGCCGCCAUGGCCAUGGCCAUGUCGGUGCGCGGCGAGCAGUGUGGGUCGCAGGCAGGUGGGGCCACCUGCCCCAAUUGCCUUUGCUGCAGCCGCUUCGGCUGGUGCGGUUCCACCCCGGACUACUGCCUCACGGGCUGCCAGAGCCAGUGCUCCGGCUGCGGCGGUGGCGGAACCCCGCCGACCCCUUCCGGCGGUGGCGGUGUGGCCUCUGUCGUCUCACGUUCGCUCUUCGAGCGCAUGCUGCUGCACCGCAACGACGGCGCGUGCCAGGCCAAGGGGUUCUACACCUACGACGCCUUUCUGGCCGCCGCAAACUCUUUCCCGGGAUUCGGCACCACGGGUGCCACCGAUGUUAGGAAGCGGGAGGUUGCGGCGUUCCUAGCCCAGACCUCCCACGAGACUACCGGCGGAUGGGCCACGGCGCCGGACGGGCCCUACUCCUGGGGCUACUGCUUUAAGCAGGAGCGUGGGGCCACCUCUGACUAUUGCACCCCGAGCGCGCAGUGGCCAUGCGCCCCCGGGAAGCGGUACUACGGCCGGGGUCCCAUCCAGCUCUCCCAUAACUACAACUAUGGUCCCGCGGGACGGGCCAUCGGGGUGGAUUUGCUGCGUAACCCGGAUCUAGUGGCGACCGACCCGACGGUGUCGUUCAAGACGGCCAUGUGGUUCUGGAUGACGGCCCAGUCACCCAAGCCGUCGGCACAUGCCGUGGCCACAGGGCAGUGGAGGCCCUCAAGGGCGGAUAGAGCGGCGAGAAGGGUACCUGGGUUUGGUGUCAUCACCAACAUCGUCAAUGGUGGGAUCGAGUGCGGGCACGGGCAAGAUAGCCGUGUCGCCGACCGAAUUGGGUUUUACAAGCGCUACUGCGAUCUCCUCGGUGUCGGAUAUGGAGAUAACCUCGACUGCAACAACCAGAGACCCUUUGGUUAAUUAGUUAGUUAGUUAUAUAAUGGUGCAUGUGUGUACGGUCAUACAAUAAAACACACACUGCUACUAUGCAUGCGUUGUAACUCUGAAUGUUUUCUUACAGAAAACAAUAAAACUCCCGAGCUCGUUGAUUGGA